AAUCUGAUUAUUGCCUCAAAAUAAUUGUCAUGAACUGAAGCGGGUCCAGCAAUUCCAAACAUUGAAACAAUCAGAAAUCAUCGUCAUUAACUAAGACGAAGCAUUCAUCAAUGGCGGAAGUUGAGGUGAUUCAUUCAUGGUCUGCUCCUCGAUCUCUCAGCACAAGUCUCAUGUACUCCUUCGCUCAACGGGAUGAUAUUGACGUGCUUGAUGAACCCCUUUAUGCGAACUUUCUUCAAGUUACUGGUGCAAAGCGGCCUUACCGGGAGGAGGUUUUGUCAAACAUGGAAUCUGAUGGGGAAAAGGUUGUGAAUGAGAUCAUCUAUGCUCCUGGAAAUAAAAAAUAUCGCUUUUGUAAGCACAUGUCUAAACAACUGCUACCUGGCUUGCCAGAUGAUUUGAUGAAGAAAGGAAAGCACUUCAUAUUAAUAAGAAAUCCAAUGGAUGUUCUGUCAUCCUUUGACAAGGUUGUGCCCCCAACUUUUCUCGAGAUUGGUUUAGCUGCUCUCGUCACCAUAUACAGUGAGCUCUGUGAUCUAGGAAAUCCGCCUGCUGUCAUUGAUGCUGGAGAUCUUCAACGAGAUCCAGAGGAUGCUUUACGUGGUCUUUGCCAGGACCUGAAUAUUCCUUUUCAGCCUGCAAUGCUCAAAUGGAAUGCUGGUCCAAAGAACAUAGACGGUGUCUGGGCUCCAUGGUGGUAUGAAAGUGUGCAUAAAUCAACUGGUUUCAAAACAGAACACAGAUAUCCCAAGACAUUCCCUUCUUCUCUUUAUGACUUGCUGGAACAAUGUCUACCCUUCUACAACUUUCUCAAGCGUCGUCUUAAGCGGUCAUAUCCCCUUCUUAGCUCACCCUUGCCCCCUCCAAGUCUUCCUGUUCCAGCGAAUGAGAAGUUACUUGCAUGGGUUGGUGAUGAGAUUCUACCUCGUGAUAGUGCGAAGGUUUCAGUUCUAGACUCAGUGGUACAAGGAGGUGAUUCUGUUUGGGAAGGACUCCGCAUAUACAAAGGAAAAAUUUUCAAGCUUGAGGAGCAUUUGGAUAGACUGUUUGACUCAGCAAAAGCCCUGGCUUUCAGCAAUGUUCCAACACGUGAACAGGUCAAGGAAGCUAUCUUCACCACUCUUAUUAGGAAUGGCAUGUUUGAUAAUUCUCAUAUACGGCUAAGUUUAACUCGCGGCAAGAAGGUGACUUCUGGAAUGAGUCCUGCUUUCAAUCUUUAUGGCUGCACCUUAAUAGUUCUUGCAGAAUGGAAGCCACCUGUCUAUGAUAACACCAAGGGUGUAGUUUUAGUUACUGCUACAACCCGCCGUAAUUCUCCAAAUAAUUUGGAUUCAAAGAUCCACCACAACAACCUGCUGAACAACAUACUUGCAAAGAUAGAAGGGAACAAUGCAAAUGCUGAUGAUGCCAUAAUGCUUGACAAGGAUGGAUAUGUUUCUGAAACAAAUGCAACAAAUAUUUUCAUGGUGAAAAAAGGCAAAGUCUUGACACCCCAUGCAGACUACUGUCUUCCUGGAAUAACUCGAGCUACUGUCAUGGACCUUGUGGUGAAGGAAGGUUUUGUCUUAGAGGAGCGACGACUUAGUCUCUCAGAAUUUCAUACUGCAGAUGAGGUGUGGACUACUGGAACUAUGGGUGAACUUAGCCCUGUUGUGAAGAUUGAUGGGCGUUCGAUUGGAGAGGGGCAGGUAGGACCUGUGACACGAAGGUUGCAGAAUGUAUACCAAAAGCUGACAGAAGAGACCGGGGUGCCUAUACCCACCUAUAAAAAAUAAUGAUUACUUCUGUCAAAAGGAAUUGAUAGCUUGAUGAUGAAUAUGAUUCUCUUCAGAGCGAAGGUCAGAUUCCCAUUUAUAGGGCAAACGAAGUAUGAAGCUGCACAAAAAUAAACAAGAUCAUCAAGGAAGGAUCUAUCCUGUUUGCCUAUGUUUAUAAACUCAGUUAAAUUGUAUUAUAACAGACGCUAAUCAAAUAAGAGCUAUCCUGUUUGCCCAUGUUUAUAAACUGAGUUAUUGUAUUAUAACAGAUGCUAAUCAGAUUAGAGCUGCAUCGAUUCGAAGGAGUAAUUGUUAUGAAGUUUUAUAAUGUUAUUAAAUUAAAUCAAGUAGCUUGUUCC